AUACCAAUAUAUAUUACACAACCGAGUUUUCAAAAGAAAACCAUUCAAACUUUUCAAAGUAUAAGAGUCUUUUUCUGUGAUACACUGAUACCCCUUUUUUAUAUGCAAACUCUGUACUAUUUCUAUUUCUAAAAGUGUUUAGCAUAGUAGCUGAAAUCAAAUGGCACCAGUUUGUACAAGAAGUAGAAUGAAGUUACAAAAAGUACUUAUUGAAGACAGAAAGCAGAAAAAAGCAACGAAAACAAGUACUUUUAAGUGUGCUACAACAACAGCUAUCACUUCUUCUUCAGUUGAAAACACAGAAACAGAACCUAAGAGCAUUACUUCAUCAUCAUCAUCAUCAUCAUCAUCAAGUGGUUGUUGUACACCAAAAGCUAAGAGAUUCAGAAUACCAGAGAUGUUAACAUGUCCACCAGCACCUAAGAAGAGAAGAGUAAAUCCUUCUGCAGCAUGUUUAUCUAUUAAUAGAUCACCAAUAGCAUUGUUUUCUUCACCUGAUAUUGAACUUUUUUUCUUCUCUGCACUUAAGAAUGUAUCAGUAUAAAGUUAAGUAUUAAACAGUUUUACUUUUACUUCAUGUAGAGUAAUAUAUGAUUUAGUUCUGUUUCUGA